AUGUGGAAACUGUUGUUGAUAAUUGGGGUCUUAACGAGCCUCGUCCUUGCUGAGUUGGAGCAUUCAAAGGCCCAUACUACACACUCGCCAAAUCAUACAAAAAAGCAUCACAUAAGAAUGAAGUACAAGUACGGAAACUGGCGCCCGCACUUUGGCUACAGACCCAGUCACUAUGGUACAGAUCAUGGAUCUCGGCGUCGUAGAUCUGCCAUUGAAAUAGAGGAAAGAUCCCAAAAGAUUAACCUGAACAAGUAUGUAGUGCGAAUAUUGCAAAAGGAUAGGAUCGUGUGCAAUGGCAUUAUUGUGAACCGGCAACAGGUGCUCACGGCCAGCAUCUGUGUGCUGGAUGUCCGGCUGGAUUUGUUGACCCUAAAGCUAUACGAUGAUACCAUAUACACAGUGAAAAAUAGUUCCGCUAGUACCCGAUACACUGGGAAAGAAGCUGAUGGUCUGCUGACGCUGCUUGAACUGGCAACAGAGUUGGAGAGCCGCUUUCACAGCAAUCCGCCCAUCUGUGCUGAAGGUCCCAAGCUCUCAGAUAAGGUUUGGCUCUAUAGCUGGGAUAAGAAUGGCAGAAGACUUAAGGUUAUGGUGGCACGACCGUCUACCCCCUCGUUCUGUAUGCGCCAAAUAAAAGAUCCCCAUGGAAUGGUGGUCAACAAUGCCACCAUUUGCUUGAAGAACUCUGACUUCACGGUGGGUUGCAUGCCCAACUUUGGGCUGCCCUAUAAGUGGAACGGUAAGUUCUGCGGCAUAAAUAUCCUGGGUCACAACUGCCCCAGUCCCAGCAACGUAGAUAUCUUUGUUAAGUUGAGGGCAGAAUAUCCGCUUUACUAAAAUAUAAUAAUUAAAAACUUUUCAAUUGUUAAUGGAAUGAAAAGAUUUCAUGUUACAUCAUCUGGAUUUAGAGGAAAAUAAUAGACCAACAAAAAAUAUAUUGUUGUACGUAGGCUUAUGUUUGUACUCAUACCAAAAGAAUACAUGUUUAUAAACAUCUUGGAACAUCGUAAAUAUUUCUUACAAAAAUAAAUUUCGUUUUAUUUAUUCAAAAA